CGCUCGCCUUAGAGAAAGGGGCGGGGCGGAGCAGAUGAUGCUACAGCGUUGCAAGCUGGGUAAACACGUGUGUGAGAUCGCGGAGGAGCGGACACUGUGUCGGUGACGCUGGGAUUUUACCGCCAUGUCGUCCAAAAAACGCCCAGACGGGGACGAGCGCUUCCUCCGGGUCCAGAAGGACCCGCGGUUCUGGGAGAUGCCAGAGAGGGAGCGCAAAGUCAAGAUCGACAAACGCUUUCAGUCCAUGUUCCACGACGAGCGCUUCAAGGUCAAGUACACGGUGGACAAGCGAGGGCGGCCCAUCAACCACACCUCCGCUGAGGACCUGAAGCGCUUCUACAAACUGUCCGACUCCGAGGGGGAGGAAGCUGGCGAGGGCGAGGAAGCAGCAGAGGUGAAGAAGAAGAAGGACGUUGGCGGCGCCAAAGCAGAGCAGCCUAAAGGAGCAGCGAGUCUCUCUGAAGGUGUUGAAGAUGAUGACGAGCAGCGGUCUGCAGAGGAGGAUGAAGAUGACCUAAGCGUCUCUGAUGAGGAGGAGGAGGAGGCGCAGAGUGACGAGGCGAGUGGAUCUGAUGAAGAGGAGUCGGGCCUGGAUUCGGGGGACGACAGCGACAGCGGGCCGGAUCUGGCCCGGGGGAAGGGCAACAUCGAGACGAGCUCGGACGAAGACGACGAGGACGACGUGGGCGCCAUCCUGAGGAAAGAGGAAGAGGAGAUCGAACACGACUGGGGGGAGCUGUGCAAAGACGCGCCGCGGAGCGACGAGGUGUCGGCGCGGCUCGCCGUCUGCAACAUGGACUGGGACCGGCUGAAGGCCCGAGACCUGCUGGCUCUGCUCCAAUCCUUCACGCCCAAAGGUGGCGCCGUGCUCUCUGUGAAGAUCUACCCGUCAGAGUUUGGGGAGGAGAGGCUGAAGGCGGAGGAGAGUCAGGGACCGAUGGAGCUGAAGGCGCUGCCCGACGACUCGGAGGACGACACGGAGGAGGAGAGGGUUUACAGGGAGAAGCUGCGGGACUACCAGUUCAAGCGUCUGAAGUAUUUCUACGCCGUGGCGGAGUGCGACUCGGCCCAGACGGCGGCGAAGAUCUACGAGGAGUGCGACGGCUACGAGUACGAGAGCAGCUGCUCCGUCCUCGACCUGCGCUUCGUUCCCGAUGACGUGAAGUUUGACGAGGAGCCCAAAGACGCGGCGACGGACGUAAACCUGUCGGCCUACACGCCCAAGCUCUUCACCUCGUCUGCGACCGCCACCUCGAAGGUGCAGCUGACGUGGGAUGAAACCGAUCACGAGCGCGUGACGGCCCUAAACAGGAAGUUCAACAAAGACGAGCUGCUGGACAUGGACUUCAGAGCCUACCUGGCCUCCUCCAGCGAAGAGGAGGAGGAAGGCGGUGGUGACGGAGCCUUUGAAGAGGACGUGAAGACGGCGGCAGACGAGCGCGUCGUGGAGGCGCAGGAGAAGAAGACGAAGAGCGAGGAGCAGAUCUCCAAGUACAGAGAGCUGCUGAAAGGCAUCCAGGAGAAAGAGAAGAAGGUGCAGGAGGACAAAGACAUGGAGAUGGAGGUCACCUGGGUGCCAGGCCUGAAGGAGACGACGGAGCAGCUGGUGAAGAAGAAGCUGGAGGCCAAAGACGUGCUGACGCCCUGGGAGGAGUUCCUGCAGAAGAAGAGAGAGAAGAAGAAGCAGAAGAAGUGUGAGAGUGAACAGGGAGCGGAGGGAGCGCUCAGCAACGACGAGCUUCCUUCAGACGUCGACCUCAGCGACCCCUUCUUCUCCGAGGAGCUCGGUGCUGCAGACAUGAAGAAGAAACAGAAAGGGAAGAAAAAGAAGAAGCAGGAGGAAGAGCGACGGACGGCCGAGGAGGAGGAGGAGCUGCAGAAACAGAAGGCUCAGAUGGCUCUGCUGAUGGACGACGACGACAAACACAAACACUUCAACUACGACAAGAUCGUGGAGCAGCAGAACCUGAGCAAGAAGAAGAGGAAGAAGCUGCUGAAGAAAGGGGAGGAGCUGCCGGAGGACGACCACUUCCAGGUGGACGUUAAAGACCCUCGUUUCCAGGCCAUGUUCACCUCCCAUCUCUUCAACCUGGACCCCUCCCACCCCAGCUACAAGAAGACCAAAGCCACGCAGAGCAUCGUAGCCGAGAAGCAGCGCCGGCGGGAGGAGCAGCAGCGGCGCCUGGAGGGCGCUCAGGAGGUCACGCCCACGCAGGCGGAGAGCGACAGGAAAAGUCGGGAAGCAGAGUCUGACGCUCGGGCGACAACGACGCAGAUGGACCCGAGUCUGUCGCUGCUCGUCAGAUCCAUCAAAAGCAAAACGCAGCAGUUUCAGGCUCGCAAGAAGCAGAAGCUGCUGUAGCUCCAGACGUUAGCCACGUCCAUCAGGCGCCGAUCACGCAGGAUCUACUUCCUGGACUGCCCUCGGGUUUUGUGUUAAUAUGUUUGUGUGCAGCGGGAUCCUGACAGCAGCACGAACGUGGAAAAGUUUUAUUAUUGAUGUUUCACAGAACUGAGAUUAAAAGGAUUAAAAACACA